AAAGCAUCAGUCGUUGGUUCAAUUCCUUCCAGGCAGACACACACGCAGCACUCAGACAUCUUGCAUCCAUCAUGGCCAAGUUCCAAGUUAUCCUCCUUUUGAUCGCCAUCGCCCUCAGCCUGCUGUCCCUGACCGAAGCUCAGCGUCAGCGAUACUCCCAGCGGCUGAGUCGCGGGCGAUCCCGGUACUCGGCUCGCCAGGAGCUGGCCCCAGUGGAUGCUGGGGACGUGGAUGCUGUCACCCCGUAUCCCUCCGCUGACGAACUUAAGCCUGAGGUGCCCUUCGAUGAGGCGGCCGCUCCAGCCGCUGUAGAUCCUACACCAGAUGCCGUCUAUGGCCCCCCCGACGCCGCUCCCAACAGUGUGCCCGAUGAGGUGUACGGUCCACCCGAUGUCACCGGCAACGAUCUUCCCGCUGCCGACAUUCCUGCCGAGCAACAAGCUCGCCUCGUGGCCGCCAGGCGCGCGGUCAACUAUCGCCGAGCCGGACAAGCUGUGGCAUAUCGUCGCGCUGUCUCCGCUGCGGCACGUCCGGCCAAGCUCAGUUCUGCCCGCUCCAUUGUGAGACGUUUCUAGAUGUGGUCUAUCCAAACCCUCAUUUGCAUACGAGCUGCCUGGGCUGGGCAGUCGUUCAGGCAGAUGUUAUUCCCGGUACAUUCCCAAAACCCAUGACGAUCCAGCUAUCCAGCAAUCCACGAUGAUACACAGCACACACACACACCCAUACCA